GGCAUCCAUAAUAGACUUGUUCGCGACGGCCAGAAUCGUCCUCAAACUUCGUCUCUUUUACCAUCUGAAUUCUAGGGUUUCCAGGGCUUCACUGAGAUCUCCAUCGAUUAGGGCUUUCUCUUGCCGGCUCGGAGAAGAUGUGGGCUGCUUCUUGCUUGGCGUCCUGCUGCGCAUCGUGCGCAUGCAGCGCGUGCCAAUCGGUGGUCGGCGGCAUCAGCCGCCGCUCCGCUCGUAUUGCCUAUUGCGGUCUCUUUGCGCUGUCCCUCGUCCUCUCUUGGGUUCUCCGCGAGGUCGCUGCGCCCUUGCUUGAGAGCAUCCCAUGGAUUAAUCACUUCCAUAAGACGCCAGACCGGGAAUGGUUUGAGACUGAUGCUGUUCUGAGAGUGAGCUUGGGGAACUUCGUUUUCUUCACAAUUCUUGCCGUUUUGAUGAUGGGUAUUAAGGAUCAGAAGGAUCCUCGUGACCGUAUCCAUCAUGGUGGGUGGAUGGCCAAGAUUGUCUGUUGGUGCAUCAUUGUUUUUCUAAUGUUCUUCGUUCCCAAUGGCUUUGUCAGCUUCUAUGAGAGUAUUUCUAAAUUUGGAUCUGGACUGUUUCUUCUUGUUCAAGUGGUUCUUUUGUUGGACUUUGUCCAUAGUUGGAAUGAUAACUGGGUUCAGAGGGAUGAACAAUUCUGGUACAUGGCAUUGUUAAUUGUCUCACUGGUUUGCUAUCUGGCAACGUUCUCCUUCUCGGGGCUUCUUUUCCAUUGGUUCACUCCAUCUGGACAUGAUUGUGGUCUUAACACCUUCUUCAUUGUUUUGACAUUGAUUCUUGUCUUUGCUUUUGCAGUUGUUGCUUUGCACCCUAAGAUCAAUGGCAGCCUGUUGCCUGCAUCUGUUAUUUCUCUAUACUGCAUGUACCUAUGCUACAGUGGGCUCUCCAGUGAACCAAGGGACUAUGAGUGCAAUGGCCUCCACAAUCAUUCACAGGCUGUUUCAACUGGUAGUCUUGCUCUAGGUUUGACAACCACCGUCCUCUCGGUGGUUUACUCUGCCGUUCGUGCUGGUUCUUCCACGACCCUCCUCUCUCCACCAAGUUCACCACGCGCAAGUUCAGACAAACCACUUCUUCCCUUCAGCAAGGCAGAUGAGCAAGAAGACAAGAAGAAGGAUGAAGCUAGGCCAGUCUCCUACUCCUACUCUUUUUUCCAUCUCAUCUUCUCCCUGGCUAGCAUGUACUCGGCGAUGCUUCUCACCGGCUGGUCAACCUCCGUCGGUGAGAGUGGGAAGCUUGUGGAUGUAGGCUGGCCUUCUGUGUGGGUUAGAAUAGUUACUCAAUGGGCAACCGCCACUCUUUUCGUCUGGUCUCUUGUUGCUCCCAUUCUUUUCCCAGACAGGGAGUUCUGAUCCUCUUCAUGUGAGCUGCUGUAAAUAAUCAUAUACAUCAAAUAAUACUUUUUUAUCUGGUCUGUGAUGUGUGUGAGGAGUAUCAUCAUAUGCAUUGGGAGGUUCUCAUCUCCUUAUUAAGUGUGACAAGUAUGGUGCAACGUGAACGCUGUUAUGCAUCAUUAUUAUUAAAUUGCAUUCUCUAUGGCGUAUAAUUUGUCUUUA